AUGUCAUAGGUCACCGCGCAUGUCGACUAGCCCGAAAAUUUACGCGCCAUUUUUUGCUUCAGGAGAGAGAGAAGAAUUUGCCCAGCACGAAACCAACUCCAAAACCGACUUGUUCCGUUACCUGUGAGAUUUAAUUUUUCUAAAGGUUCUUGAUGACGAUGGGGGACGCGUUUGAGCAGCCCAGGCCGCGGGUGAACGCCUCCAUGCUGCCGCAGAACAUCGGGAAGUUCGUCUGUCUGAUGGGGGAGGUGAUGGACGUGGAUCAGAACGGUCUGAUGUUCGCAGUAAAGACAAGUGAUGGACAGCGGGUACAGAUCAACCUACCAGAGCCGCUAGAGGAGAUGGUGGCAGGUACCAUUGAGAUCGUGGGGGAGGUGGCUAACAACUGUCAAAUCAACUGUCAGAGUUACAUCCUGUUUGGGCAAGAUUUCGACAUGAACCUGUACGAUGAAGCCAUCAAGCUGGCGGUGGAGCACAGCAAAUUCUAUCCCCUAGCAGACAGUAGUACCUUCUAGGUAACUAACACAACAGUCAUUUGGACCAUUGUAAACCAUACACUAAGUGUAAGAACAAAAUAUUGAAUUUGCCUGUAUACUGAAAAGAUGGAAGUCUGCAAUUUUGAUAGAUUGGACUAAAAUUCUAAUCAUUUAUGGUAAUAAUGAUGAAAGGGAGGGGUUUUUUUUGGAGGGAGUGUACUUUAAGAAACACAAAGUGUUCAUAAUACAGUAUGUAUACUAAAUAUGUAGAAAUGUUUUCAUGAAGUCAAUCUGUAAUACUCUGUGUAUAAAAUGUGCAGAAAUGUUUUCAUUAAGUUACCAUAGGAAGGCAUCUGUAUAUUAGCUGGACAGAUCAUGCAAAGAGCAUGCUUUGCAGUCUUAUUAAUUACAUUUCGAAUUUGAUUCAAAGUGUAAGAUGUGCAUUUGUACAUGUAAGUCACAAUGCUUACGAUGACAAGUCUUUUAAGUCUGAAAAAAAUAAAACCAAAGACAUGUCAUGGACUUAAAGCAGUUUUAUUGCUCAAUUAUUUCUGUACACUAUAUUCUAUUCAACUGAUUUUACAAAAUAGCUCUUUAUGUUUAUGUUCUUGUAACUUCAGAGACCUAUGGUCUUCCACAGUAUAUAUUAUACAUACCUUACCAUUCACAUAGUACUUAGUUGGUUGGUCUUUAUUUCAUGGUUGUUCAUGUCUAUUUUAUAACAGCACAGGAAUUCAUACAUUUACCAGUGUAAAAGGUUUCAGUUACUGCUUGUGCUACAGUCUAACAUUUUGUCACUGUAUUAUGUUACUAUAUUUAACAUAACUAAUGACAUGCAGCAAGACAGCAAAGUCCUAGAAGUGGUCAUAUUACUUCUUCCAAUAUUGUAUUGCUGACUACAUUGAUGCUUUUCUGAAUAUAAAUAUUAUAGUUGGGCCAAUUUGAA